CUCGCAGUGUUCAUGUCAGCCUUCGCGGACGCGCAUUUUAUUUCGAUGUGUUCCGGGCGAAUGGCUGUCCUGGAAGAUGUGUGAUGAGAGAAACCGUAAAUAAUACGCGCAGCUACAUAUUUGUAAAGACUGGAGCAAUCCACAGGACAAAAUGGACCAGGAGUUUGAGGACAUAGAUUCAGAGGGCCGGUGGCAGAACCUGUAUCUAGAAAUUCGUAAUCAGUCCCACGACUGCCCAUAUAAAGUUGCGAAGUAUCCAGAGAAUCGGAAUCGGAACAGAUAUAGAGACGUUAGCCCAUUUGAUCACAGUCGAGUUAAACUUGUAAACACGGAAAAUGACUAUAUCAAUGCAAGCUUGGUCGUAAUGGAAGAAGCCCAGAGAAGUUACAUUUUAACUCAGGGCCCAUUGAGAAAUACCUGUGGACACUUCUGGCUGAUGAUAUGGGAGCAGAAGACCAGAGCCAUCAUAAUGCUGAACAGGAUAAUUGAGAAAGGAUCGGAGAAGUGCGCGCAGUACUGGCCCACCCAGGAGGAGUGCGAAAUGUCAUUCAGGGACACACGAUUCGUCGUGACACUAGUUUCAGAGGACAUUAAAUCUUACUACACGAUACGAGUGUUCAAGCUGCAAAAUGCCAAUACGGGCGAGACGAGAGAGAUCUAUCACUUUCAUUACACCACGUGGCCCGACUUUGGGGUCCCAGAAUCCCCUGCCUCCUUCCUCAACUUCCUAUACAAGGUGCGAGAGUCGGGCUGUCUGGGGGCGGACCAGGGGCCGGCAGUAGUGCACUGUAGCGCCGGGAUUGGCCGAUCAGGGACUUUCUCAUUGGUGGACACCUGUCUGGUUCUGCUGGACAAGAGGAAAGACCCCUCGUCUGUGGACAUCAAGAAGAUCCUGCUGGACAUGAGGAGGUUCCGCAUGGGGCUGAUCCAGACCCCCGACCAGCUGCGUUUCUCCUACAUGGCCAUCAUCGAGGGCAGCAAGUACAUCAUGGGCGACCCGUCAGUGCAGAAGCAGUGGCGGGAGCUAUCCAAAGAGGACCAGGAGCCUGUGUCAGACUCCCCCCCGCCCCCUCAGCCGCUCAAACGGCCCACCGACAAGUUCAACGGGAGCAGGCUGUCACGCCCGGACGAGGUGGGCGAGCCCGAGGUGGGCAGGAUCGCUGGGAAAGACGUGUCCUGUAGAGAGCAGGACCUGGAUGGGAACACGGGGAACGUUCGCAAGCGGCACCGAGAGGAGAAGGUGGCCAGCACACCUGCGCAGAAGGGGCCACAGGUGAAGCCGAGGAUGAACGAGACAGAAAAGAAGAGGAAAAGCGUGCGCUGCAUUUGCUGUACGUGACACACAGAGAGCUGUCCAGUGGGGGGCGCUGUAGCAGACAGAGUCCCCACUGCGGCAGCGGCACCAUGAAGAUUUAAACGAGGAACGCGCUAACGGCGUUACCGAGCCCCCCCUACUCGUACGUCGCCCAGACAGUUCGUAUGUGUGUGAAAAGCCGGUGUGAUGUUUGCUUCUUGGUGGAAUACAGAGCGCUCAAGCAUGGUGUGUGUGUGUAUGUGUUUGUGUACGCGUGCGCACUCAGGUCAGAUUUCAGUAUUAUUUACGGGGAGGAACGUCUUUCACAGAAUCCUCUUACCAUCGUCACAGCUUACUCACCGCUGCUCUCAAAGCUUGUAUGAGUCAUCUGUUUGUAUUAUUCCAAAACACUCGACAAACAGCCGGCAAUGAAGAUACGUAAGUUUCCAUUGCUCUUUGAGGUAUCUCGGACUCAAUAUCUGUAAGAGCACAGUGCUCAUCCUAUAGAAUCAUCCCAGCUAUGAUCUCAUUACCAUGGUAUCCCAUGAUGCACUUAUCCCA